UUUCCACCGCGGUCCCGCCCCGCCCCGGGGAUGAGAUUGGCAGGCGCCGCGGCCAAUCAUUGCACCGGAGCUGCUUAAGGUGGCAUUGCAUUCUCUUUGGCCAGUGCAAACAGAGGAGCCAGCUGGUUGCAGAAGGUGGGGAUUGGCUUGCAGAGCCAAAAUCACCAGGCUUCCCAGAGCUGGGAAGGAUGGAGGAGAGGAGAGAGGUUGGUGGCCUCCUGCGGAAGAGAGAUUCUGGAGAAAACGAAGCAUCCUGGGACGUCAGCUCAGAAGUCCUCCGCACGACCAGAUAUACCGAAGAGGGAAGUUGUCCAGAAGAAGAGGCCAAGAAGCCAAACGGAAACACCGACAGGAAGCGGGCAGCGAAAGGCGCCCCUUUCCAGUGCGCUGGCCGGAGAAGGAGUUUCCCUCGAUGGCACAGACUGGCAGGGAGGAACCAGAAGAUGCCCCCAGCGGAGGAGGAGGAGGAAGAAGACGACGACCCCAUCUCCGGAGGAAGCAGGGGCUUGCGCACCAAUGGCGCAGGAAGGGAAGACUUGGUGGGUGAAGAGCUGCGCAACGUCGUCCGAGUUGAGGAGGGCUUUGCCUGGCGGUCGUCGCUGAACACCCACAAGCGCACCCACACCAGCGAGAAGCCCUUUGGGUGCCAGGCGUGCGGGAGGUGCUUCAGCCAGAGGCCCCACCUGUUGUGCCACCUGCGCAACCACACCGGGGAGCGGCCCUUCCAGUGCGCCAAGUGCGAGCGCCGCUUCCGCCAGAAGCAGCACCUCGCCAAGCACCAGCGGAGCCACUUUCGGGUGCGGCCGAGCCCCCACGCCUGCCCCGAGUGCCAGCGGAGCUUCAGCAACAAAGCCGUGCUGGGUCUCCACCGCCGGGUCCACGCCCGCCAGCGCCGGCUGGUUUUCCAGGAGCUGAAGGAGGCCUACCGGGAGACAGUGGCAAGGCAGCGGGAGGAGGCGCGGGCCGGCCUGAGCUGGGCGGCGGCGCGACCCAAGGGGCGGCGGCGGGGGGUGAAGAAGUUCAUCUGCAGCGAGUGCGGCAAAGGCUUCACCUGGUGGUCGUCGCUCAGCAUCCACCAGCGCAUCCACACGGGCGAGAAGCCCUUUCCGUGUGCCCAGUGCGGGAAGAGCUUCACCCAGAAGCCCAACCUCCUGCGCCACCUCCGCUACCACAGCGGCGAGAGGCCGCACGCCUGCGCCGAGUGCGGAAAAGGCUUCACCCAGAAGCAGCACCUGCUCAAACACCAGCGGACCCACGCGGCGGAGAAGGGCUUUCGGUGCCAAGCCUGUGGGCAGACCUUCCCCACCAAGGGGAGCCUCACGGGGCACCAGAGGGCCGGCCACACGGCACCUGAGGCCCUGGUGGAGGGGAGCAGGGGGCGCUUUGCUCUGGGACACCCAGAGAGCUUGGAGGCGGUGGUGGAAUCGCUGGUGGCCGGCGGGCAGGGCCUUUUCCGCCCUGCUGAGGUCUCUGGCCCGCAGGGCGAAGUCGGGCAGCCGGUCCUGAUCGUGGAGCCGGGGACUCGGCCGCUGGCUCUCUCGCAGACGAAGAAGGGGGUCUUCUGGAAGCCCGAGCUCCCCAAGCCCCCCGCCCCGGAGCAGAAGCAGUACAUCUGCAACGAGUGUGGGAAAGGCUUCGUGUCGUGGUCGGCGCUCACCAUUCACCGCCGGAUCCACACCGGCGAGAGGCCUUACCAGUGUGGCGAGUGCGGGAAGCGCUUCAGCCAGAAACCCAACCUGGUCAGGCACCAGCGCUACCACACGGGGGAGAAGCCCUACCCCUGCGCCGAGUGCGGGAAGCGCUUCGUCCAAAAGCACCACCUGGCCAAGCACCAGCAGGUGCACAGGAAGGGCUCAGCACAAGGGCCGGCACCUGUUCUGAAGGUGGAGGCGCGAUAGGGACCACCUUGGCUCGGGGGGGAUCGUUGCCAAAACUUGCCUUUCUUGUGGGCCAGGACAAAGAGUGUGCGUGUGUGUCUGUUUGUAUGCAUGUGUGUCCGUCUGUCUGUCUGUCUGUCUGUCUGUCCUGCUCAACUGUAAUCUUCUCCUUUGCGUUUGUGGUUCGCGAGAGUGGGAUCUUGCUGCGGGAUCUGCUGAGCUGAUGCUGUGCCAAGUCUUGGUAAAGGGCAACAACAUGGACUGAGCUGCUGCUUUUUUGCAAGUUUCGCCACCCCAGACUUAGGUCAACCGCAUGUCCUUUGCGUAAGGGCUCCCAAAUAGUAGUCACAACAUUAACCAGCCUGGGCGUCGUCCGGAAGAUUUGGACUACAACUCCCAUCAGCUUCCAGGUGUGUUGAGCUGGGCCAGUUAAUGGGAGUUGCAUUCCCACACAUCUGGAGGGCGAUCAUUCGUGGUUGGCGCAAAGGGAAAGCGUUGUAUGAGGAGGGGAUGGGCAUGGCCUUCCUGGUGUUGGGACCUGAUGGGACCUCAGGGGUUUCCCUGUGUGCCUGAUGCAGAACGGAUAUGGUAUUGCUCAGUGUUCUUGGCUGGGUGGUCAGAACAGGUCAAAAUAAGUUUCCUGGCUGACGUGUGAGAUGUGAGCUCAUUUCCUGGUGAGCUUGUCCACAUAUCCCUGAACUUAUCUGAAGUAUGGAGGGGAGAGCCAUCUCAGAGCAGGCACCGGGGCACCACAUGUGACCAACCAUAUUGAAUAUAGCUCACCAGUAGGGUUGCCAGACUCGAUAGAGGACAGGACUUCUGUGCCUUUAAUUGCCCUGCUCUCUUUUGAGUCUGGAAACCUUAAAGAGAAACCAGCAGACCCUUUAGUUACAGGUAGGUAGCCGUGUUGGUCUGAGUCGAAACAAAAUAAAAAAAUUCCUUCAGUAGCACCUUAAAGACCAACUAAGUUUUUUAUUUUGGUAUGAGCUUUCGUGUGCAUGCACACUUCAUCAGAUACACUGAAACAGAAGUAACUAGACCCUUAUGUAUAUUCAGAGGGUGGGGGUGGGGGUGAUGGGAAU